AUGUUUCUCCCAAGUUCACAAGAGAUGCCAUCGUUGGAGACCAGUUGGAGUACCGAAGUUCGCUCCGUAAGAUUACUCUUCCUCGAGCUGGUACAAAUGAAACUGAGUGACACGACCAAGAGAGUGCUAGGGGAUCGAAAUAUCAACAGGACUGAUCAUUCAGUGAACAGUACGUUGUCCUCACAUAAUGCUCAUGACUCCCCUUGCUAG